AUGGCUGCUCCCACACCAAAGCCAGUAGUCAUUCUAAAGCCAACAAAGCAGGUCAAGGGUUUGUUCACAAUAAUCAGAGACAAACAGACAUCGCGCGAAGACUUUAUAUUCUACUCGGACAGAAUCAUUCGUUUGUUGGUCGAAGAGGGACUCAGCUGUCUGCCCUUCAGCGAGACCACCGUGACCACACCCACCGGCUGCACAUACAACGGUGUUGAGUUCGCCAGCAAGAUAUGUGGCGUCAGCAUCGUGCGUGCAGGCGAGUCGAUGGAGGCGGGUCUGCGUGCCGUCUGCAAGCAGAUCAAGAUCGGCAAGAUCCUCAUCCAGCGUGACGAGGAGACCGCCAAGCCCAAGCUGCUCUACUCCAAGCUGCCCUCAGACAUUGCCACGCGUCACGUCCUGCUGCUGGACCCCAUGCUGGCCACCGGUGGCACGGUCGCCCAGGCAGUCAGCGUGCUGUUGGAGCGCGGCGUCAAGGAGGAGAACAUCAUCUUUAUCAAUCUGCUGGCGGCGCCCGAGGGCAUCAAGUUCUUCCAGGACCUCUACCCACAAGUCACCAUUGUCACAGGCGAGAUCGACAGCAAUCUCAACGAGAAGAAGUACAUAGUGCCAGGUAUCGGUGACUUUGGCGACAGGUACUUUGGAACAGAGCAUUAA